AUGCAAGAAGUCUUAACUUCUAGUCUAAUGACUGAAGUGUUCAUCUUUUCAUUGCAGGCCUUCUAUGAGGCUGCUUUUUUGUUCACUUGGUUACCAUCAACAAGGCGCACCUGCACUUUAAAUUACGGUCAGGCAAGUGGCGGUUACCGAAGUCAUGGUCAACAUUAUCAAGCACAACCGGCGCAAUCACAGCAACAUCAACAAGCUAUAUCUUCAGCCGGUCAUCCAGGACAUUUAGGUCAGUCCACGGCAUCCGGCGGAGUCAGCGGCCGUCGUAGCACCGCAGUAGUUGGUCUUACUGGCGCUUCUCCUUCAUCUGGUCUCCGGCCUGGAGCCGGCGUUGGUUUAGGCCUCGAUGGGCCACCUAACUCACGAGCAUCGAUUGUGGGACCAGCCACUUCUGGUGUUGCUACUGAUAUCAGGGGACCAGGUGGGACUGCCAGGCUGGCUGGGCAAGAAGGAGGACGUAGGUAA